CGUUGGUAUCUCACGUCGCUUCUCACGUUUUGUAAACCGGGAAGCCGCUUCCGCGUCAAGGUCCAAACAUGGCUCUGAGGGUCUUAUACCGCAGCCUGGGCCGCCGGUUGUCUCCCGGUACCGUUAACGUCUUACCACAGUGCACUCGGACCCAGAAUGUCAGACUCGUUCACAGUGUUUACCGGACAGAACCGGGACUCGAACACACGCUGUGCCCGCAGAGAGUGCGCUGCUGCCCGGUGAAUGUGAGUCAGUGGCACACCUACAGAACAACUCAACGCUUGUAUGAACAGUCCUCAAGAGCAUUUUCCUCUUUACCUCCACCGCCCUCAAAAGGAGAUAAGACCAAGAAGUCUGGGCCGGUGACGUGGAAAUCUUUAGCGAUAACGUUUGCUAUCGGAGGCUCUCUGCUCGGAGCGAUGAAGUACUUCAAGAAGGAAAAGGAAGAGCUGAUCGAAAAAGAACGGAACAAAUCAAUCGGCCGACCGGCGCUGGGCGGUCCGUUCUCGCUCAUCGACCACAACGGCAAACCCGCCAAGAGCGAGGACUUCCUCGGCCAGUGGGUCCUCAUCUACUUCGGGUUCACCCACUGUCCCGACAUCUGCCCGGACGAGCUGGAGAAAAUGAUCGAAGUGGUGGACGAAAUAGAUAACAUAAAGCCUAUUCCGAACCUGACGCCGAUCCUCAUCACCAUCGAUCCUGAGAGGGACACGCCGGAGGCCAUGGCUGCGUACGUUAAAGAGUUUUCCCCGAAGCUGAUCGGCCUGACGGGAACAAGAGCUCAGGUUGAGGAGGUUUCCAGAGCCUACAGAGUUUAUUACAGUGAGGGACCAAAGGAUGAAGACAACGACUACAUUGUGGAUCACACCAUCAUCAUGUACCUCGUUGGACCCGACGGGGAGUUUGUGGAGUAUUUUGGACAAAACAAAACAAAUGUGGAGAUCAGCAACUCCAUAGCGGCACAUAUGAGAAAGUAUAAGAAGGCAAAGGGAGCUCAAUAAAGCUCACUGUGGACAGUUUGAACUUUAAUGCUGACGCACUCUAUUUAUUUUAUACGUGUCUAUAGUAACACUCCUUUCUAUGGAAGCUCAUUUCUGCCAAAGUGACCAGAAAAAGGAUCGUUAGUCAUUAUAAUGAGAAAUGUCUCAAAAUAUUAACUUAAUAUCUCAAAAUAAUGACUUGAUAACAAAGAUAUUAACUUAAUAUGUUAAAAUACUGACUUAAUAUCUCAGCUUUGUGUCAUUAAGUCAGAAUAUUGAGAGAGUUUCUCACUAUAACAACAGAAUCUUUUUUUUUUUCCGUCACAUUGGCAGAAACGGGCUUCCAUACCUUUCAGCGAGUGGUGUGCAGAAAAUCAGAUCUGACACUGUUCUCCAUUAUUACCCAUAAAGCACUUCACGCUGGCGCUGACUGGACACAAUUUGACUGCUUUCAAAUUAUUGCACACGUCAGCUCCACUGAGCUCCAACAGCUCCGAUUUCUCACCCAAAGAAAUACCUGAAGACAAAUGUUGUAAAUGAAGUGAUUUGAUUUUGUGAUAAAAUACAAAAUACAUCCGUGUGCUGGA